GGACGCACGCAGGACGCACACGGCUCACUCCAGACUCCAGACACACGCGGAGGAGGAGAAGAGCCGCUUUUAUUCACUCCUCACAUUUAUUCUCACUUUAGAUGAUUUUUGUUUUAAUUAAACUCUGACUGGGUAAAAGAAGUGCCUCGUGAAGAUGCUCGCGGAGAUGAUUAUGGAGGAAGAAUUUGAGAUUAAGGAUGAGGAGCCGUGGUUUGACAAGCAGGACCUGGAGCAUGAUCUGCAGCUGGCCGCCGAGUUGGGGAAGAGUCUCCUCGAGAGGAACAGAGAGCUGGAGCAGGGGCUGGGGCAGAUGUACUCCACCAACCAGGAGCAACUGCAGGAGAUAGAGUACCUGACGAAGCAGGUGGAGCUCCUCAGACAAGUGAACGACCAACACGCCAAAGUUUACGAGCAGCUGGACUCUUCGGCCCGAGACCUGGAACAAAACAACCUCAAACUGAACUCUGAAAACCGCAGUGCCCAGAACAAGAUAGAGGGACUGACGGAGACGGUGGAGGCGCUGCAGACUCAGGUGGAGGAGCUACAGAAGCAGGUGGAGGACCUGAAGAUCGGCUCAAGUCUGAAAUCGUCUCAGAGACAAACGGCGCGGCCCAGAAGCAGACAGAGCAUCUCCUGUUUACAAGAACUGGAAUACACAUACAGGUUAAGUUCUUGCUCACUGGAUGAGUGCGACGCUGCGCCCCCUGCUGGUGUCGCUGUGUGUUGGCACGAGGAGCAGAAGGAGGCGCUGACAGAGACCCUGCAGAGUCUACAGAGACAGCUGGCCAACGAGAGGAGCCGUAGGGAGCGGGCGGAGCGAGACGCAGAGAUAUUAGCCAAUGAGAACGCAGCGCUAGAACAGCAACUGACGGCCACGGAGGGAUGCAAGACCAGACUAAUCGAACUAGAACAAGAAGCCGACGAACUACGCCAGCUUUGGAAGCUACAAUCCUCCUCUCGAUCUCUUCUUUUCGACGCCAACAUUUUGGACGAAAACCACCUCGAUUCUUCCAAAAACUCCCGUCUCCUGAAACGCAGCGGCAGCGAUCGCGCCAUCGCCAAAUCCACGCACUUCCCCGACUCUCCGGACGACCACGCCUGCUCCUGUAUCAGACGCCACGACGCUUUCAAGUACCGUGGGAUUUCUCUGCUCAACGAAGUCGAUGCCCAGUACAGUGCCUUGCAGGUCAAGUACGAGGAACUUUUAAACCGCUGUCAACCAAAUAUUCUCCAAGAAGACUCCACACAAAAUGAAGUUCGAAUCGAUUCCCAAAAUUCCAAAAUGUCAGAAUUUGAAAAUUUUAAAGAUGAUAUGCACCAACCAGAAUAUAAGGAGUUGUUUAGGGAGAUCUUUCGACGUAUUCAGAAAACCAAAGAGGACCUGAUUGAGAACAGGGGACGAGUAAUGAAUGGGGAUGGAUAGUAAGUAGUGCCUAUAGCAAAGGAUAAUCACGGUUUAAGCCAGAUGCCCUCCCUCCAUCGCAAAACAGGAAUGUCUACGAUACUUGAAUUCAUAAUGUUGAGUCUUUUAUUGAGUCGUUUUGAUUUGUUAGUUGAUUAUUUUGACUUGUAAAAGAACAAAGGGGAAAAAUCUAAAUUAAGUGUUUUUGUUUUUUUUCAAUUAGAAAUGUCUUUAAAAAAUUUUAUCUGACAUUUUUGUAUAUUAGUCAAGUAAAAAAAUAAUAUCUACAAUACUUGAAUUCAAAACGUUGAGUGUUUAUUGAAUAGUUUUGAAUUGUCAGUUGGUUAUUUUGACUGGUAAAAGAAAGAAAAAAAAUAUCCUAAUUAAGUGGAUUUUUGGUAUUUUUUUCAAUCUGAAAUGUCCUAAAAAAAAAAAAAAAUCAGACAUUUUUGUAUAUU